CAUUCUACUAAGUUAAACAUUGUUAAUAGAGUAUCAUUAUUUGAGUAUUUUGAUUCAUUAUAAUACUUAUAGAAAAAAAUUAUAGCAAACAGCACCCAUAGCAUUACAAACUCUAGAAUGAUUUUUAGUUAACUGCCUGAAUUGUUGUUAAGAUAACUAUUGCAAGGAGCUAUGGAGGGUGCAGUGACCCCAGAAGGAGGGCGUCGCACACGCGCAGCCCUCGCUGAGAUUCCAGCACGGCUUGAUCGUCUACGUGUCACUCCGCUGCAGCCUCUUACGAACACUAGAGAGAUGUCUCCUGCCUUGCCUUCUGGAUACCUCAGUCCAGCGCCUUCACCUGAUGAGCUACUCAUACAGCAAAGAGGUCGAAAACGUUUGCCAACGACCUGGUCACCGGAUAUAGAUUUCAAACGUAAUGCUUCGUUUCAUUCGUUGGUACGUACUCCACCCAAAACUUCCGGUCGGUUCUCGCCUCCAAAACUGGGUGUCACCUUGCGAUCUACGCCGAGAAAGCGGCUGCUAUUAGGCGAAGCAGAGAGAAUUCCUCUCACACCAGAGAAGAUAGAUUUCAGUGACAUCAGCACUCCUCAAAAGUUUAAAAUCACCAGCCCAAUCAAAAGUACACCGCCAAUGAAAAAAUCUCGGCUCGAAAAACUAACAGAAUUCAGCGGACCAAUAGACGUAGCUCUGAAGGGGUUGAGUCCCACUCAGCUCAUAAGUAUGAUUAAAAACAUAACUUAUACGCAUCCUGAAAUCGAAGAGGAGAUACGCAGAGAGAUGCCGACGCCAGAUUUAUCCCCGCUAGAGGAAAGAUUGAGUUAUUUGAAGUCGAAUAUCUUCAAGAGUCUGCCGACAUCACGAUUGACUUCAAAAACUGACUCGCCUGCUUACUCCCGCGUUGCGACACAUUUGGCUGCAUUCAAAAAGUGUGUCGUGGAACAAGGGAAGGUUUUGGUGGAAUCUCAGCAUUGGGAGUCUGUUAUUCGCUAUGUUUUUCUCGCAUGGACUUAUGUAAGAGCUACGCCUGUUUGGGACAAUCAACCGCAUAACACUCAACGUAAACAAUGUUUCAAAGCGCUCACCAAUUUUUGUAUGUCAGCUCUUAAGAAAGGUGAUCUGAGUCAGGAUUUCCUAAUCGAUGUCCAAGAUAAACUACAAGGCAUGGUUGCCGACAGUGAUGAUAUACAAACAUGUCUAAAGCACAUUCAAGGGCAGUUACAGGAAUAGGUUUAACUUAAUAACCGACAAUGUACAAUAAGUGAAUUGUUGAAAAUACACCAGUUAUUUCUACUACAGAAGCACAAGUAUGUAAGAUUUCAAUGCUAUUGCAGAAUAUUGUUUUAUGAUGCGUUUGCAAUUUUUUUUUUUACUUAUUAAAAUAAAGCUAUGUAGAGGAAGCCUUGUAGUUCAAAUUGAUAACAUAAUAAGUGGAUUUUGUAUUAGACUGAUUUUGGAAUGAAUCAAAUUAUUGAUUGAUAUUUUAUGAACACUCAAAUAUUAAGACGAAAAUUUAAUUUUUUGAUUCUUUCAAUGCUGUGAAAUUACCAAAAUAAUUUUGUAGUACAUAGUAAGUACCUUAAUAUAUUUAAACACAUGAGAAGGAAUUUUGUAAUGAAUUUACACAAUUUUAGUCAUUACAUUAGUUACGAACUUUAAUCGUGGUAGGGUUGAUGGCUGUCGUAUAAUUGGAAAAUAUUAGAUACGUAAAAUCUACAUAGGUGUGAUGUCAUGUGAAAUUUCAAUUCCCCGUAAUUUAUAGAUUACGUAAAAAGAAAAACCUACUUAUUUAAUAUUUUUCAGUUAUACAUUCAAUAAGACAAAUAAUUCAGUAAGUCGAAAAUAAAUAUUUUAGUCAUGAUCCCUACUAUAAUACAGUCGACGUCAGGUUAUACCAGGGUUGCCAGCCGUUCCGAAUUUAACGGGACUGCAUCGAUAUCAAUGAUGUUAUCCCAUAUCUCGAUUUUUGAUAAAUCUUGACAAAAAUAAUUAUUUGAAAAUAAAAGUACACAUGCUUUGAUUACCUGUGGUUAACUUUUCAUCAGGCGGGCUUUUUAUAUACUAUUGUGUUAACCUGAUGUGCUGCUGGGUGUACAAGUAAUAAUAUUUUAAUAGAAUAUGGACUGUAUGAAAAUGUGCCUUACAAAAUAAAAAGAUAAUCAUGGAAUAAGCUUAUUUUCUUAUCGUGACAAAAUAUUUCAUGAUGUCGUUUAUGUUUCAAUAAGUACGUUUUGUGUAAAGUAUAUUUUACGCUUAUAAUAAUAAAGUGUAUUUUUUGAUGAAGUACUCGUUU